AAGCGAAUUUCCCGGAUGGAGUUGUGUCGCCAUAUUUAGAGCAGGGUCGGUCGCCGGUAGGGUACGAGGAUUUAAGCUGCUGUUGCUGCACCAAGUAUCUCAAUCUAAGAUAUUUAUUGACUUUCCUACACCCCUUGCAUCCGUCUGCAUAACCAAACAGCGUCUCCUACCUUCACCCUUUCCAUCUCCUCCCGGUCCCCAGUCACCAUGGCAGAUCGAGAGCACUUGGUUUACCAGGCUAAACUAGCAGAACAAGCCGAGAGAUACGAUGAAAUGGUGGAGUCUAUGAAGAACGUUGCCGGAAAGGACACAGAGCUCACAGUAGAGGAGAGAAACCUGUUAUCGGUGGCGUAUAAGAACGUGAUCGGCGCUCGGCGAGCCUCCUGGAGGAUCAUCAGCAGCAUUGAGCAGAAAGAGGAGAGCAAGGGAGGAGAGGGCAAACUCAAAAUGAUCCGAGAAUACAGACAAACGGUUGAGAACGAGCUGAAAUCUAUUUGCAAUGACAUACUGGAUGUACUGGACAAACAUCUCAUUCCUGCAGCCAACACAGGAGAAUCAAAAGUUUUCUACUACAAAAUGAAGGGCGACUACCACAGGUAUCUAGCAGAGUUUGCCACGGGUAAUGACAGGAAGGAAGCAGCGGAGAACAGUUUGGUCGCGUAUAAAGCAGCCAGUGACAUCGCCAUGAUUGAGCUCCCGCCCACACAUCCCAUCCGACUUGGACUCGCACUCAACUUCUCUGUCUUUUACUACGAGAUCCUUAAUUCCCCCGACCGCGCCUGCAGGUUGGCGAAGGCAGCGUUUGACGAUGCGAUAGCAGAGCUGGACACACUGAGUGAGGACAGUUACAAGGACUCGACGCUCAUCAUGCAACUGUUACGGGACAACCUGACGCUGUGGACCUCAGACAUACAGGGAGACGAUAUGUGAUGAUAAAACCUGCUUCAUUUCCUCUAAAGCUUUUCUGUGUGAAGAACAAAAUAAAACAGCAGUGCAAGAUGCUGAGGAUGAAAACCAGUGAGAUGUGAUCGCCAACAUGCUAAACCCCCCUCUCUCUCACUUUGUCUGUCUGAUGCUCUCUCUCUCUUUCUCUUUCUCUUAUUGCAUCCCUGUCCCUCAGGGAAGCUCAUGUGUCAUAGAGAAGAGUUCAGAUGAUGAAUGCUGGUUCUGUCCAUCCCUGUCUAUCACUUAAUCUGUCUGUCUGUCUUCUGCUUCUUGUUUCAUACCUUUGCUCUUACCUAUCUGACCAUCUACACUAGUUUGGAAUAAAUAAGACUUUCAAUGUUUUUGAAAGAAGACUCUUCUGCUCACCAAGGCUACAUUUAUUUGAUCAAAAAUACAGUAAAAUUGUGAAAUAUUAUUACAGUUUAAAAUAAAUGGUUUCUAUUAUAAUAUGUUUUAAAAUAUAAUUUAUUUUUGUGACAAAAAGUUGAGUUUUCCGAAUUGUUAGUCCAGGCUUCAGUGUCGCAUGAUCCUUCAGAAAUCAUUUUAAUAUGCUGAUUUGCUCAGUUUGUGGUGCUCAAGAAUGCAUUACAUUGCUCAAAAGUGACUGUACCUGAAUUUAUAAUCUUAUAAAAGACCCCCCCUCCCCACAUAAAUGCUGUUCUUUUUAACUUUCUAUUAAUCAAAGAAUUUAGGAGAAAAAAAAUCAGUUUGCACAAAAAUAUUAAGUAAUAACUGAGCACCAGUAAUAUCUCACCAGUAGUAGCAAAUCAGCAUAUUAGAAUGAUUUCUGAAGGAUCAUGUGACACUGAAGACUGGAGUUACAGGAAUACAGGAAUAAAAAGUUAUUUUAUAUUGUGAUGAUUCACAAUCUUACUGUUUUUGCUAGAUUUCUGAUCAAAAAACACAGCCUUGGUAAGCAUGAGAGACUUCUUGUGCAAACAAUCCCAAUUAUUUCAAACCUUCAACUGGUAGUGUAUAUUUUUAGGGGGUUUUGGGGUUUUAUUUUUUAAUCUUAAGUGUUUUUUAAUUAACUAUUCACUUACAGGGGUUGGACAAUGAAACUGAAACACUGGCCAAUAUAGUGUUGGAGGUUUCAUGGAUAUGUUUGCACAGCCUGGUGGCCUAUCUUCACUGAUUGCACACUGCACCAGUAAGAGCAGAGAGUGAAGGUUGACUAUGUGCACCCAAUGGAUCAAACAUUGUACCCUGAAAGUAGUGCCUUGUAUCAGGAUGAUAAUGCACCAAUACACACAACAAGGCUGGUGACAGAGUGGUUUGAUGAACAUGAAAGUGAAGAUGAACAUCUCCCAUGGCCUGCACAGUCACCAGAUCUGAAUAUUAUUGAGGGAUGUUUUGGAAGAGCGAGUUAGGAAAAGUUUUCCUACGCCAGCAUCACGUAGUGACCUGGCCACUUUUUUUUUUUUUUUUUUUUUUUUUUUGCAAGAGGAGAAUAGCUUAAAAUCCUUCUGGCUACUGUGCAGGACUUAUAUUUGUCAUUCCCAGGAUGAAAUGAUGCUGCAUUGGGCACAAAAAGGCUCAACAACGUACUAAUUGUUUUUAAAAAAACAGGUGUUUCAGUUUUAUUGUCCAACCCCUGUAGAUCUUAUAUGAUUAUAUGAGGCCAGAAUGGAGAGUUUCCUCUGUAAGGUUUUACUACCUGUUGCAAGAUCCUUGAGAAUCACAUUUUUAUUACAUAAGUUUGCAUUUGCGUAUUUGUUUAUCAGUGUUGUUCUGACAGUUGUUGAGCUCAGUGGUCAUUAUUGGAGGCGUUUAUUUGUAUUUUCUUGAGGAGUGGAAACUCAAACUGUUUAUCAUCCAUUCAGAAAACAUUUCCUCAAAAGUAAAGUUGUUUUUUUUUUUUUUUUUGUUUUUUUUGUUAUCAGGUUCUUUGACUGUGGUAUGGUGUGAUGUGGUCUGUGACAGUGGGUCAAAAACUAUAAUGCUUUGCAGGCUUUUAGGAAAUGAAUGCAACCCUCGCCUCACCGUUACUCAAAGGCUGCUGCUGCAGAAAUAUUGCUAUAGAGCCAUAAAUAGGAUGGCUUUUUGUGUUUUAAGGAAGGAGAAACAUUUCUCAAGAUCAGAUGCAAAACAAGCAAGAUGCAUUAGUUUUCCUUCAGUUGAAUAUGAAGUGAAACUGUAGUUAGGGAUUUUGGUGGCACUUCACUAUAAGGUUUUAUUUGUUAACAUUAGUUAACAUUAGUCAACAAUGAACAACACUUAAACAGCAUUCAUUAACCGUAGUUCAUUUUUAACACUUACUAAUACAUUUUUAAAAUCAAAAGCUAUAGUUAAUGCGUUUGAAUUAACAUGAACAAUCAUUUAAUUAAUGCUAUAAAAAUUGAUUACACUAUUUUAAGGUGUCCUUAUUACAUUAUUAUGCAAUCAAGUACUGUGUAAUAUUAAUUAACCUGUAUUUACUAUAGAAUUUAAGAUUAGUUGCUUGUAAUUUGCACAAUACUGUUAUUGCUACAGUAAGUACAGUAAUGUGCAACAAGGACAUUGUAAAAGUAAGCAAGUUACCAAAUACUCUGCUAAUUGCUGGUUCAUGUUAGUUAAUGCAUUAACUAAUGUUAACAAAUGAGACUUGUGUUCCAGUGUUGCCAGGAUUUCUGUGUCUACUCUAGGUCUGACUCUUUCUCUCUUCUGUCUGCAUCCUCAUGUAUUUCUUCUGUUUCUUCAGUACAUGUAACUUGAAUCUGAUUUGUACUACUGUUUAUUCUGCCUGAAGCCAACAAGCACCCGUCUACUCAUGGAGACACAGCAUGGGAUUGACUCAACCUUCCAGAUAAACCAAGACUAAAUAAAUCAACUAAUAAAACA